AUGAUUGAUGCAGUACCGACGUACUAUAAAGACAUUGAGGUCGGUACUAAGCAUCAGUAUCUUAGAUAUAAAAAACCAGGCGACAAGUACGGAAAAUAUUAUGUUAAAUGCAAUGAACUAGUAAAUCUUCCUAACGGAACUAUAUGCCACUGUGCAAUGGAAGAAAUGCGUGAGGAUCAUUUCAAAAAAUGGAUCCAAAACAAACGGCACAUAUGCACACCAGGAGAAGUAGCAUCACAACAAACAAUCGAUCAAUACUAUCAAAACGUCCCAGCAACAGGGCUUACGUCUAUAUCGUUAGGGGAUAUCUAUGAUCAGCUUGCUACAUUUACUGGAAGAUUUAACUUGGCUCUUAAUAUUUUCUUAAGCCCAGAGUUUACAAAGCUGGUUAAAACCAUUAUAAUGUAUACAGCAGACUCGAUGAUACUGAAGUUCCCGGAUCGAACCCAUCUUAAUUACUGA